UUCCAACCCCUCAAAACAAAGCGUAAAAAAAUUGAACGACGGCAAACUACAACCGGGAAGGGAAAUGGCAAGCUCCUCUUGUGAAGUAGCGGCAAUUACAGAGGGAGUGGAGAGUAGAGAAGACCUAAAGUCGAUGCUACCAUUCUUGCCUCUUGUAAUUCGAUCGUCAAGCCUGGUCUGGCCGUCACGAGUUGUGGAGGUGCUCAAGGCAAUCUCUAAAGGACCAGAUUACAGCAAUAUUAACUCUGGAGAAUCACUAUUCACAGCCAUUUCCGAUAUCAGAAAUUCUCUGUAUCUCUCUGCUGAACCUCUCGCUCCUUUUGCCCAAGAUGGUUAUUCCCUCUUCUUUGAUGAGCUGAUGUCCAGAGCUGAGUCUACGAAAUGGUUUGGAGAGAUUCUCCCAGCGAUGGCUAAUUUGCUCUUGAGGAUGCCAUCGCUGCUAGAGUCUCACUAUGAAAAUGCAGAUAAAUUGCUUGAUGGAGUUAAAACUGGUGUCAAAACUGGUCUCCGCGUGUUGGGUCCUCAAGUAGCUGGCAUAGUGUUCCUCAGCCAGGAAUUGAUUAGUGCUCUUCUAGCAUGCGCUUUCUUUUGUUUGUUUCCGGUCACUAAUAGAGGUGCAAAACAUCUUCCAACAAUCAAUCUCGAUCAUUUGUUUGAGAAUCUAUAUGAAAGCUAUAGCAAAAAUCAGGAAAACAAAAUAAUGUGCAUUGUACACUAUUUUGAAAGGAUAUGUUCAUGUGCACCUGUGGGCUUUGUCUCAUUUGAGAGAAAGGUUCUUCCUUUGGAACAAAUUCCUACAUGUAUUUCUUAUCCUGACGCUGAUUUUUGGAGCAAAUCUGUGGCACCCCUUUGCUCUUUUGAGGUUCACAAUUCAGGCUUCAUAGAAGAUCAAUCCAAUGGAGCUCUUGAAGUGGAUUUUGCUAACAAGUACCUUGGCGGUGGUGCUCUCCAUAGGGGCUGUGUACAGGAAGAGAUCCGUUUCAUGAUCAAUCCUGAAUUAAUUGCUGGCAUGCUUUUCUUGCCUCACAUGGAAGACAAUGAAGCCAUAGAAAUUGUUGGUGCAGAAAGAUUCUCUAAUUACACUGGGUAUGCCUCUUCAUUUCGCUUUUCUGGUGAUCAUGUGGACAGAAGGAACGUUGAUAGUUUUGGAAGGCAUAAAACUAGGAUUGUUGCCAUAGAUGCAUUAAGCAAUCCAGGGAUGAGACAGUACAAAAUUAACUACCUCCUUCGGGAGAUCAAUAAGGCAUUUUGUGGCUUUUCUGAUCUAUCCAAAUAUGAUCAUUACAAAAGAUUAUUUCAGAACAGUGGUCCUCAAGGAGCAGAUUCUGAAGAACAUUAUAAAUAUGGGAAUGUUUUAUCCAUGAAUAACUUUCUGGUGAGGGGUAGUAACGAUCUCAUUGAGGAUUCUGGCGAGAAGAGCACUUGGUGUCUAGACCAUAAAGAUAAAAUUGGAAUUGCAACAGGGAAUUGGGGCUGUGGUGCUUUUGGAGGAGAUCCUGAACUAAAGACCAUAAUUCAGUGGCUUGCAGCUUCUCAGGCAUUAAGACCUUCCAUUUUCUACUACACCUUUGGCAUUGAGGCGCUGAGUAACCUGGAUCAGGUAAGCCAAUGGAUUCAGUCACAUGAAUGGACAGUUGGAGAUCUGUGGAAUAUGUUGGUGGAGUACUCAUCUAAGAGAUUUAACAGAGAAACUAACGUAGGCUUCUUUACAUGGCUGCUUCCAUCGCUUUGCUGAGACAUAAAGAAUUCUUGUAUAGUUUUCCUUUUGAUUGUGUUGGUAGACCAUUUAUUCUUUCUUGCUGAUAGCUGCAUGUGCAAGGCACCUGUGUAGCUUUGACAACUUAAAAAGCAUAUGUUUAUUGUAGUCUAAUUGUUUUUUCAUGUAAAUUAUUGUGAAAUUUUAGAAGUUUAUAUAAUAAAAAUAAGAAUAGUUUGUGUGCA